UCACCCUUUCCGCUCGGCCGUUCUCCUGUACAGGAGGCAGCCAUGGCGCCCAGCCGGAAUGGCAUGAUCCUGAAGCCCCACUUCCACAAGGACUGGCAGCAGCGAGUGGACACGUGGUUCAACCAGCCGGCCCGCAAGAUCCGCAGACGCAAGGCCCGGCAGGCGAAAGCGCGCCGCAUCGCCCCUCGCCCCGCGUCCGGUCCCAUCAGGCCCAUCGUGAGGUGCCCUACAGUUAGAUACCACACCAAGGUCCGGGCUGGCAGGGGCUUCAGCCUGGAGGAGCUCAGGGUGGCUGGUAUCCACAAGAAAAUGGCACGCACCAUCGGCAUCUCCGUGGACCCAAGGAGGCGAAACAAAUCCACGGAGUCACUGCAGGCCAACGUGCAGCGCCUGAAGGAGUACCGCUCCAAGCUCAUACUUUUCCCCAGGAAGCCUUCUGCUCCGAAGAAGGGAGACAGUUCUGCUGAAGAACUUAAAUUGGCCACGCAGCUAACAGGACCUGUGAUGCCCAUCCGGAAUGUGUACAAAAAGGAGAAGGCCAGAGCCAUCACGGAAGAGGAGAAGAACUUUAAGGCUUUCGCCAGCCUUCGCAUGGCCCGAGCCAAUUGCCCGGCUCUUCGGCAUCCGAGCAAAGAGGGCGAAAGAAGCCGCAGAGCAAGACGUUGAGAAGAAGAAA